UUUUAUAAAUACUUCUUUGAACUUUGUUUUUGAUGGUGAUUGAAACUGCUGAAAAUGGCGAAAAUGUCCAUAUAUUGUUUUGUUGCUUUACUAUUAGGGAAUGCGCCUAUUAUUAAUGGAGCAGGCCACACUUGGUCAUACGAAGAGGGAUCAAACGGCCCAUCCUCCUGGAAGUCUAGUUAUCCCAUCUGCGAUGAACAGGCCCAGUCCCCCAUUGAUCUCCCUCCCAUCGCAACUAUGACGUAUGAUAGAAAACUGGUACCAUUCCGGCUUCAUGAUUUCGAUAAACCAGGCUCUACGUAUAAUCUGUCAAUGAAAAACAACGGGCACACUGUGAAAGUGGACUUAGAAGAUAAUGCCUCUGUGAUGGUUUCCGGUGGAGGUUUGGUUCACUCCACCUACAAAGUGGCGCAGUUCCACUUCCACUGGGGUAGUAACAACACCAAAGGUUCGGAGCAUACAUACAACGGGAUGUCCUAUCCAAUGGAGCUUCACAUUGUGACGUACGACAGCCGUUAUAAUAACGUUAAUGAGGCCGCCGACAAACACGCAGGACUGGCCGUUCUUGGUUUCUUCUUCGAAAUAAAUGACGACGCCAAUUGUAAUUAUUCUCCGUUAGUGGAAGCCAUGACGAACAUAGAAGUUUACGACGGGAACAGUUUUAAGUUUCCUGGUUUUAAGUUGCGCCAUCUGAUGCCGAUGAUGUUCGGUCAAUACUUCCGGUACGAAGGCAGUUUAACCACGCCCCCUUGCUUUCAAUCAGUACAGUGGACUGUCUUUUGGCAAAAGAUUCCCAUUUCUUCUGCUCAGAUGGAGAAGUUCAGAAAAUUAUAUACAGAUUCCAGCAAAGCUCACUCUUUGUCCAAUAACUACAGACCUAUACAGGCUCUGAACGGACGAACAAUCCGGACCAACGUCAGACUUCCGGAGACUACUUCCGGUUCAUCCAGUGUGUUCAACAACAUUUUGUCAUCCAUUCUUGUUUUAAUAUCAGUGUCCAAGAUUUGGGUUUGAUAAAUGAAAUUUUUGAAAUAUUUUUAAUAUUUUAAUUUAAGAGUGUUCGUUUACUGUUGCAAUAUAGUUCACAGAAAGACAUCAUAUAUAAAAAGAUAUCACUUAAGUUUUCAUAAAUAAGGUCAAGGGCUUUGAAAUGUAGAUCGCAUUUACUGAUAGGAAAACCAAAAUAGGGCGAAUUGAUAAUUAUAAGUUAUAAACGUAUGCUAAUGAGGAGUUUAAUAAUUAUUUUGAGUCCUAGUUGCAUUAAAUUAAAUUUAUCGAGAUAUUACAGUAAGCUAGAUUUCACUAAAAAUGUUCUUUAAUAGCUCAAUAAUGUAUACUUUAAUAAAAACGCAAAAUAUAUGUAUAUUAAAGAAUCAUAAAUUUUCAAGUUCGUUGACACUAGAAUACUUAUGAUAUUUGAGAACAGUUUAGUCAUGACGACAGGUGCUAUGGUGUACACAGCUAACAUACCUUUAGAUGAUUUUUACAGACUGCUGUUGAUUCCUUUAUCCCUUAGAUACAACUAUUAUGUACUCAAGCAGAUGUAAAAAUAAUUGUUCGGUUUCUUUCUUUUCACUUUUUUUAAAGACCAAAAAAACAGUACUUGCGUAGUUAUAAUAUACUUUUUUAUGAUAUAUAUGUAUGAAUUUAAAUCCUGUUUUUUAUCUAUUUUAGUUGAGAAAAGAUAUAAAGUACAUGGGAAAAUAA